UUCACGUUCGGUGGGGGGUGUGGGGCCAGUUGACGGUUGAUCUUCCGGAAUGAUUCCUUCCCGUUUCGGUGGCGGUCGUCGGUAGACUAAACAGAGAUCUUCUGGAAGAUGACCGAGGCGUGAGGAGUGACCUCGCACCACCUCAGACCGGCGCACUGCGACCUUGAGCCGUCCACCAGGGGUCGCUGCUCACGUGGGAGUCUCUCCCACGUUGUGGACACAGGAGGGGGGGCCGUCAAAGGGCCCCCCACAACAACAACAACAACAGCUGUAGCUGUAGCCACCAACGGACUGCGUUUUUAUUUUAUUUUAAACUGCCGCGCCCGGAGAUCGGUUAUGGGACUACUUUUUCUUGCCGGACUAUUUCUCUUGGCUCAAGGAUACAACGUGACUCUCACGGCCAGAGAGAGACCCACACAAGCUUCAAGGUGUUCUGUUACCUGUGGGCCGGGCCUGGCUGUACGAUAUUUUUCCCAAGGCUGCCCGGCCUACAAGCGGCGUUGUUUGGCCUCCAUCCAGCCGUGCACUGCACCACAGCGACACUGCGGCUGGGGAGAGACAAAGAGGGUGAGGGGAGGUGGGGAGCUUCGCUGCCUCUCAGCUCAACCAGUGAGCAGUUUCACCUUCACCUGGAGGAGGAUGAGGGCUGAGUGGCGUCCCGCAGAGCCUCCCACCCCUCAGGAGUACCCCGAGACCCUGGCUCACUCGGGAGGCGCCAUGCCCACAGAGGAGGCUGGGAUGGGAGUCGUACUUCAGUGUGACACCUCCAGGAAAGGGAGCGAGGGGGAGAUGCAGGGGGUGUACGUGGGAUCGAUAGCGUACUACAUAGCGGACCCAGGUCACGUGGAAGCUCCUCCCCCCUCUCUGCUUGCGCUGCUGGCGGUGGGCGGGGCCAUCCUGGUCACGUGUCUCUGGUGGGCGGGGCCACGAGCCUUCAUAGCGAUCAGUUCCCCCCUCCACCGCCUGGCGCGAGACGGCGGCGAUGACGUCAGGGGGGUUUGAGGGGAGGGGCCAUCGGGGAGUGGUG